AUGGACGAUGGCGCGAGCGAGCCCGCAAAGAGGCCCCCCAGGAGCUUUGAAACCUCGCAGGAGAAGCGCGCGACUGAAGCCGCCACACUCGUGCUGGAGGCGCGCGCGGUGUUUGUGGUGACACCGCGCAGGGAGAGAGAGAGAGGAUUUGCGUUCUGCAUGGCCAUGCAUAAUUACAGGGCCCUGUGGCAGCGAGAGAGCCAGGCCGCUCGGCACGUGCAGGGGAGCGAUGGCGUCCAGGAGGUGGGAGGAUGGAGGAUCGUGCGAGUCUUCGUGUCGUCCACCUUUGCCGACUUUCACGCCGAGCGGGAGGCCCUCGUGAAGCAGCGACGCGACCCUCCCCCUCGCAGGUGUUCCCGUGCCUGCGCGAGUGGUGCGAGAGUCGCCGCUUGCGCCUCUGCGAGUGCGACCUGCGCUGGGGCGUCCCGCCGCUCCAGCUCGGCGAGCGUGCUCCAGACGUGCCUCGGGGAGCUCGACCGCUGCCACGGCGACACGCUGGGCCGCCCAUUCUUCCUGGGGCUCGUCGGGCAUCGGUGCGGGUGGAUCCCCUCGCCGGAGGAGGGUGCCGGAGGAGAUGGCCUCCCGGUACGCCUGGGUGCCAGGCUUCUCCGUCACAGCCAUGGAGAUAGCGCACGGCGCCUACCGGAGCCGCAACCCGAACGCCGUCUUCUACGUACGCCGCAGCAACCUCACGGGCACGGGCCUGCUUCCUGCUUCUCAGCCAAGAGAUGGUUUUCAUCUUUGUUGGCUGGCAGCCUGCCGGAGUGGGCGCGGGCCGACUUCGCGGAGACGGAGGCCCGGCGUGCUGCGCACGUCGCUGGCGUGCGCGCCGCCGUGCUCGAGUGUUUCGCGCCGUCGGGGCAGGCGCGGGAGUACGACUGCCGCUACGCCGGCGACGACUCCGGCACCGACUCCGGCACCGACUCCGGCAAGCGGAUUCUUGUGUCAGGCCUGGAGGAAUUCAGUGUGGGUGUCCUCAGCUUCUUCCAGGAGGCCAUUCAGCGUCAAUUCCCCGACCGCACGCCUGGCACGGAGGGCCUCUCCUGGGAGCGAGCGGAACACGAGCAGCACCGCGAUUUCCUGGAAACGCGAAGGGAGCUCGUUUUAGGUCGAGAUCGAGAAAUGCGGAAGAUGCUGUCCCACAUCUGCAGGCCUCCGAGUCAAGAAGCCGAAGCACCGGACUCCGACGAGGAAUUACCGCCGGUGCCUGGUGUCCCGCUACUCGUUCAGGCCGAGCCAGGCAUGGGGAAGUCAUCGCUCAUGGCGAGAUGCGUGGCAGCGACAUUAAAGAUGCCACGCCUCUCGGUGUUCUACCACUUCAUUGGCUGCUGUCCAAGCUCCACAGAACUGAUCAACUUACUUAAGCGUCUCUGUUGCCACGUGAACCCCCCUUCGAAAGAGACGUUGUUGGAGACCCUGGAAAACUGCACGGACGAAGAGGCAUGCUCCCAGCCGCUGCAGGAGAUCCUGGAGGCUGCUGGCGAAGGGGAGCUGCCGUUAGUCAUCUUCGUAGAUGCCCUGGACCAGUUCUCAAGUCACGCGUCGGCCAGCCACCUCGUCAGUGCCCUCCUCCGGGCUGCGGAAACCGGAGGGCCCCACGGGAGAUCUACCUGGGUGCUGAGCUCCGCCGUGGGGCACGGCUGGCAGCGGGGAGCCCCUUCGUGGAGCGGCCCGCUCGUGGAGCUGGGCCCCCUGGCGGAGGACGCGGCCCGGGAUGUCGCGACCGCCUUUCUGCAGAGGUUCAACAAGAGGCUGGACCUGGCCCAGAUGAGCUCUCUCACGGCCAACCCUGGAGCUCGUCUGCCGCUGUGGCUGGCCCUGGCGUGCGAGGAGCUGCGAGUGUUCGGCUCCUUCGAGGGACUCUCGCACCACGUGGCAUCGCUCCCCGCCGACCUGCCCACCCUCCUCGCCCAAAUCCUGGGGCGGGUCACGGUGGAGGACCUCAGCGGGCUGCUCGGCAAGAUGCUGUGCUUGCUCGAGUGUGCCCCUCACGCCCUAGCAGAGGUGGACCUGCGGUGCAUCCUGGGUGGCUGUACGGAGGGAGGCAGCCUUCCCAUGAUGCAGUGGGCCCAGACGAGACGUGGGGCGCGGGGUCUGCUGAGGGGGAGCCUCGACGACGGGGGUCUGGAGACGGUCGGAUUCUGCCACAACGCUGUGGGGAAGGCGGUGCAGUCCUGCCUGCUCUCGCACGAGGGCGGCCGCCACGGCUGCCUGAUCGCCCUGGCUGACCACUUUGAGGGCUGUUGCCGCGGCGACGAGGGCCGCUGGGCCGCCGUGGCGACCGUGCUGCCGCGGCUGCUGCGGGAGGCCGGGCUGGACGCGCGGCUCGUUGCGUUCCUGCGAAGGGACCCCCGCGGAGUGCGCGUCAACUUCAUCGCUCGUCAGCAGUUCCUGAAGGAUCUGCGCUGCAAGAUGACCGUCUGCAACGGAUUCUCACGGAAGGCUGCCAUCAUGUGCCAGACCUGCGCCUUCAGCGUGCGAGCCUUUGGACAGAUGUUCUUAAAUAAGGACAGCUGUGCAAUCUGUGGGACCGCUGCGCACACCGCCUCCAAGGCGGCCUACCUGUGUCACAUUCACCAGCGACUGCCGAAUCGCGAGGACUGCUUCCUGUGCGGCCGGGCCCUGACGGGAACGGGGAGUCAGGCGGCGGUGCGGCUGUGCCACAUGUGUGGCUUCCGCGAGGCGUGCGUGCACCUCGUCGGCACGUGACGCCCGCGAACGCCUUGCUCCCCCUCAUCAACCGCGGGGUUCUGCACGCUCGCCCAGCAGUCGCGUCUCGUGCCCUGUCUGGUAUCCCAUCUACCAGUAUGUCUUUCCGGUCUGGUCUGUCUGGUUUCCCAUCUCACUUAUUUUUAUAUCUCCCAGUUCCUCUGUUAUCCAUGGUGCCGUCUAUUUGUUCAUCAGCCUGACGUGCAAUCCGGAGGUCGCUGUCCGAUCUCUCGGCGAGGCAGUUGAAGCAAUGAACAGGUUACCCUUUAAACCCUUUCCCCGCCCCCACAUCCACACCUCUCGUCCACCCAGCAGCAUAAAUGUGUAACAACCACAAUUCGAGUCCCAACGUGUGUUCGGCAGGUCGAGUGUGGCGAGGCAAAGCGGCGUGGGGGUUUACGCUCACCGCUUGCAAGACGUUUGGCCAGUGUGGAAGAACUAAAACACAAACAUCCCUUGUGCAAUGGUUUCUCAACCGUCGUUUGGCGACGAAUAAAAUCCCUACUUUUGAAAUUUUGUUUCAACCCCUUUGGCUGACCCCAACACGUUUCUGAGAAAUAACUCUUCAUACUCUUUGGGUCUUCCGGUAAAUUCUACAUUUGAAGCUUUCGUGACUGCAAGGAUCCAUACUCCUUGGUUCUAUUCGGUAAAGUCACGUAGGUAAAAAAUAAAGUCACGUGAUAGAAGAAAAACAAAAAUCACGACGUUUCGAUCGCAACACAAGCAAUCGUCUUCAGGUGAAACAAUACAGCAGGCGGACUGCUGAGGCAGGAAGAAAUAUCGCGAGAGAGCUCCUGCAGCUCUCGGUUAUAAAGGGUUUUUAUUAUUUGAUUAUUUUUCUAUCUACGUGACUUUACCGAAAGGCCCAAAGAGUGUGAAUUCCUGCAGUCACAAAAGCUUUAAGUCAAGAAACAACUGUUCAUGUGAAUAAUGAACGUCGAUGUUUUGACCAUUUGUCCACUUUGUGAGGUAUCCUCAACGGGUGCACUGCAAGCGUGAGGUAAUUUGUUCUUGCUCGCUGGUGACUCUCGGAAACCACCAACAUUGUUUACGAUCAGUGAGUUUAGGAAGGUCUCUUAUGUCGUUCUAGGUUACCAUAUGGAUUCAAAAUGUAUCGUCAUUUUAUAUUGACAGAUUCAUACAACACGACUGUUGACCAGUG